CAGGUUUCAUAUCAGAAUUUGUGAGUAAACGGGGAAGCAGCAUCCCAAAAUGUUCCUGUGCUGAAAUUGUGACAAUGAACAGAAUAGAAGAAGACUGUGCUAGUCUUGUGCCACCAGGAGAUGCAGAGAGGAGCAGGACUGGAGAGCAAGACCCAGGACUAACUGUGUGGGGAAAAGCACAUGAGUUCUUUCAGAUUUGUGAUCUGGAAGGCAAAGGCUUUGUCACUCGUCAAGACAUGCAGAGACUGCAUCCCGAGUUAUGUCUUAGCCUGAAAGAGCUUGAAAAAGUUUUUGUUACUUUGGACGCUGAUGGCAAUGGCUCGCUUACCCCAAAGGAGUUCACUACAGGAUUCAGUCAGUUUCUUUUGGGACAGAUUGCUUUGAAUAAUGAGAUAAUGGAGCAAUCAGAAAGUGAAAAAGCCUGCCCAUUUAAAUGCAAAGAGAGUGAAGAUGAAGAUGAAGAAUUCCAGUUCUCAAAUCUGAUGGAUCAGCUUGGAGCUAAAAUGGUUUUAGAUGAUGAGAGUGACAUGAAACAACUUUGGUUUCAGCUGAGAAAAGAUGAACCUCAUUUACUUUCCAGUUUUGAAGAGUUCCUGGUCAGAAUAUAUUCGCAGCUCCAAGAAGCAGAUAAUGAAAGGAAUGAGUUGGAAUAUGCUCUAAAAAAGAAAAUUGCUGCUUAUGAUGAAGAAAUUCAACAUCUCUAUGAGGAAAUGGAACAGCAAAUACAAAAGGAGAGAGAGCAGUUUCUCUUGAAAGACACAAAAAGGUUUCAGUCCUGCAGUCAAGAGCUGGAGUGCAAGCUCCUGUCAAAAGAACAAGAACUGGAACAACUGGUUCAAAAUCAGAAAAGGUUAGAGCAGAAGUGUACAGAACUUCUCAGUGGCAAAGAAGAAACCAAAGUUGAGAACACCAAGCUGAAGCUGACUAACCAGGAGCUGCUGAGACAACUGGAGAGAACAUCUCAUGAGCUAAGCCUGGCUCAGCAACAGCUACAGGUGCUUUAUGAGGAGGCAUCAAGAAUACAAAAGGAGAAGGAAAUGGAGGUUUACUAUGUGACAGAAACAUUACAGAGAGAGAAAUCAGGACUUCUGAAGCAGCUGGAUUUCUGCAGGGAGAGGAACAAACAACUCAAAGAUGAACGUGACAUAUUUUGAAAGAAAUGUAAAACAAGUGUUCCAAAAGCCAGCUGGAAGCAAAGAUCAGGGUCUGUCAUUGGGAAAUACGUGGAAGACAAGAUACUGCCUAACAGCUGUUCAUUUGAAGAAGAUGAUGUUUUCAAUAACUCAAAGAGAAGGAAUUCUGCUGGACUGAAUGGAAAUUUCUCUGGUGCUGGAGCCACUGGAGGGAUGUCUAAAGCAUUGCAUCUCCAAAGAAUAAUAUCAAUUGAGAAAGAUCCCCAGCUUCUUGACAGGCUCGUUGAUAAGCAGCUGAACAGAUGGACUGGAGAAGCUGAGGAUGCUUCUGAGAUGGAAAUAGAUAAGAAAAACACAGAACAAUCAAUGGAACACUCACCAUCAUCUUCUAAAGAGCAGCCUGUAGGGAAGGAAAACCUGUCAAAUGUAAGGGGGGAAUAUAUGGCAUCAUUGGACUUUCUGAUGGCAAAAGCCAGGUACCGAAGUGUCACCAAACAGUUUUUCAGAAAAGCUGAUGGGGUCAUUGUAAUGUAUGAUAUAACAGUGAAAGAUACAUUCACAGCUGUCAAGCAGUGGCUAAGAAGCAUUGAGGAGACAACUGGGGAGAAUAUACUUGUGCUUUUGUUGGGUAAUAAAACUGAUGAAAAGAGACGUGAGAUCCCUAUGGGAAUGGGAAAGCAUCUUGCUAAGGAUUAUAAUUUAAUUUUCUAUGAAUGCAGUGUGUAUUCUGGAUACAACACCAAAGCAUCUAUGCUUCAUUUAGCCCGGAUUUUAGAGAAACAUGAAGAUAAAGUGAAAGAGAAAACCAUUGAACUUCAAUCUGAUACGAAUAAAACAUCUUGCUGUAUCAGGCCAUUAAAAUACUGAGCCAUGUUUAGACAGAAAUCAUGCAUUUAUACACCACUGCAUGGCACCAUCAGCUUUGCUUUGUUUUCCAAAUAUUUCUUCUGCUGUGUUCCAAGUGUAAGUGUUAGUGAACCUUAUAACCCCUGUAUGCUCUGAUCUUCACUUUUACAAGUACUGUUUUUAGUUAAUUGACAAUGUAUUUGAGGCAGUAACGGUCUUUUAUUCUGUUUGAUGCCUAGUACCACUGAAUCCUGCUUUGUGAUAAGGCUUGUAGAAGCAGUCACAUUAUUAUUAAUAAGAAAUAAUUUUAUUGGAAGAAAACUACUUGGAAUGUGAAGUAAAUUCUUACUGGUAUAGAUGACCUAUCUUCUGAAUACUUCUGUUUAUUUCAGUGCUCUUUAGGUCAUGACUUUGUGCUGAGCUUUGUUACAGUUGUUUAAAAAUUGGUCAGUUGGUUAUUAGCAACACAUUGGUAAUUGCAAAGUAUAACAUGAUAUUUUAAAGCUUAGUGUGAAAUAUACAUGAAAAGAUUGAAGAACUAUGAAGAUUUUCGUGAAUGGCUUUAGCACAAUUGUACUACACAUUGUUGCACAUAGGUCCUUGGUAAGAAACUCUUCUUCCCACUUAGAUGCGGUGAAUUGGAUAUGUUUAGAUAGAUCACUGAGAAUUAAUGGUUUGGGUUGGAAGGGACAUUAAAGAUCAUCCAGUUCCAAGCCCCAUGUCAUGGGCAAGGACACUUUCCACUAGGUCAGAUUGCUCAUCCAACCUGGCCUUAAAUGCCUCGAGGAACGGGGCAUCCAUGACUUCUCUGGACAACCUGUUCCAGUGCCUCACUACCCUCACAGGAAAAAAUUCUUUCUAAUAUGUAAUCUAAAUCUCCCCUCUUUCAGCUUAAAAAUCUUACCCCUCAUCCUGUCCCUGCACUCCCUGAUAAAGAGCCCCUCCCCAUCUUUCCUGUAGUGCCCUCAAAGUACUGAAAGGCUGCUGUAAGGUCUCACCAGAGCCUUCUCUAGCCUGAACACCCCCAACUCUCUCAGCCCGUCCCCGCAUGGGAGGUUCUCCAGCCUUCUGAUUGUCCUUGUAGCUUAAGCAAUAAUCCACUGCAGUUCUAUCAUGGAUCCUCAGUUUUUCCAGUGAUGAGUUCUCCCUGGAAGAGAAGAGGGAAACUUUGUCCCAACAGAACCAAUGCUAAAAGGAAGGAACAAUCAAAGAAAGGUGUGUUUGUGUUCCUUGCUGUGCGCAUUGGUGGCCAUCCACACAUACAAAUUAAGAGGGAUAAUCACUGUGCUGAUUCCCUCUCUUGCUCCUAAGGACAAGUAUAGGGCUUCAAAUUCAAUUCUUUGGAGGGAGGGAAGCAGGGAGGAAGGGAUGUGGAAGCAGUGUGCAACAGCCUUAUCGGCGCUGCUGGAGACCCAAACUUCCACUCCGUCCCAGAUGAAUCUGUCCAGGCCUGGCUUUUCAGCAGGUCCAGCUCUAAAACAUUUGUGGGGAGUGUUCCCAACACCAUGGUAGUCACAGUUGGGGAGGUGUCUCCUGGCAACUAGCACUUUACUUUGGCUGUAAGCUGGCGUUUUGUGCCUCUAAACAUACUACUUGCACAAAUUUGUUUUUUAUCAGGAAAAAUCCUGCUCUGGCUUGCAGUGUCAGCAUUCAAAGCUGACAUCUGAGCCCCCCUUUUGACUGUUGUCUUAAAGGGGCCAAGGGUAAAAGUAACCAAUUGUUAAUUUUCUGUGAGUCUUCUGAAAUAAAUUCACUUGCCAUCUUCUGCGCCCGCCUGCUGAAAGUGGUGCAGGGAGCUUCCUCCCUUUUGGGAUCUGACAUUCUUCUCCAUAGGAGGAGAGGAAUGGCUGCUUUCUGUGAUAUAGGGCCUGUGGGCAUGUCUUCUUUUCUAGGAGGGCCGUUAUCUAUCCAUAUUUUUAGCAACAACUGCAAAUUAGAUAAGGACAAACUGUCCAUUAAAUGUUGGGGAACACCUCUCCUCAGACCCUCCUUUUGUAACUGAUUUCUUGAAGCUUCCUCCUUCGGAAUUUUGUCCAAACUAUUUUUUCUUCUACCUUGGCCUGCCGGACUGCCCCUUCUUACUUUCAUUCCUUGCCUAUGUACCUCACUCGCUGACUGUAAUUAAUCAACUCCUGGGCAAUUUCUCCUCAGGUUAGUUCUCACCCUGCUGAGGGUACUGCUGCCAUGGUAGCCCUUAACCAAUGAAGCUUUAAGGAGUCAGGCAAGCCUCUAAUUAAGGAGGUCAUUCUACCUGGGUUAGCAAACAUUGACAUCAGGAAAGGCUAAUAUGGAAUCAAGCAUCCAUUAUACACCAACUGCAAGCAAGCUGCCUUUUGCAUGCUUUCAGUGACUUGACUGAUCUCUGGGGUAGAGAUGGCAAUCACAUCCCUUCUCUCCAAGGGAUCAAUCCUUCCAGCCCAGUAGGCUGCCCUUUGAGCCAGAGACCGUGGCGUUCUCUCAUCCCUCACAAUCAGAAACACACCAGAACACCCAGUACCCUUUAACUAUCUCGUCCAUCAGCCUUAUAUGAUCAACCCCCACCAGGGAGACCCUCCACACAUACUCUGUCUCUCUAGCCUGCCAGCUGUACUUCUCCUGCAACUUAACUAAUUCCAUGGGGGUUCCUUAGCGACAACAGAUGGUUUGGAUUCCUCCCUGUUAUAAAUAAUCUGUGUUUUAAUCAGGCAGCAGAGCUUAGAGGGCAGGAUCACAUUUCGCCAUCAUGUCCACCUCCCCCCAAGGACACAGAGGAGCCACCUUCCUUGCCACACAAUCAGCCUCCUUUGCCAAACCCAAGAAACUAUUUUCAUCUUCACAGUCCUUGGAGCUGCGGUAUCAGGGUUUUCAUUCUCUCACGUAUGCAUCCUGCAAACUACCCUGCAAAAUUUCCUUUUUUCAUCAGCUUUCAAGGCUUUUGCCUUUUAAGGCAAAUCAUAAAUCCACUCUUACGUGACUGUUAUAGACAUGUUUUCAAUCAAUUUUUAAAAUGUUUUUUAAAAGUUAUUUUACAUUUGAAUAAUGAAUCAAUUUGAAACUAAAGAUGAAAGUUAAGUACUACUUUAGUAAGUAUCUAUUUUGGGAUAAAAUAUUCAUCAGUAAUUAAUUUUGUUCUUGGGAUUUUGGUCUGAUCAAAGGUAUUUAUCUACUGCCAUGAACUAUACAAUGCAGGUUUGCAAACUUUCCCCUACAGCAAUUCCUAUAACCACAGCAGCACUCUUUCCUUUGAAUUGUGAUCCAAAUACGACCCCUUUCCCUAGCAAGCAGAAAAAACAGGCUUUUUUUUUUCUAUCAGGAAUGAUGGAUGAAUCACGUAGCCCAGGAUGAGCUGAUGUUUAGGGAUUUUUCCCUUGCUGAUUCCUAUGUACUCGUCCAAAUGAAAGAACUCCCCCAUUGCUACCAGUGAGGUACUUAAGAACCCCUAAAAUCCAAAAGAAGCAAAAUGAGCAUCCAUUAAUGAAAUCAGUAGGCUUUUUGUUCACUUCCCUGGGUUGCUUCUUGAAGUCCAUUACUAGUUGUAGAGGAAUGAGCCAACUUCAUCAACUGUUACCUGUUAAUCAUCACAGAAAUCCGCUCAGUAUUGUAUCACCUGUGUACAGUCCUGGCUUAAAUUGUACAAGUGCAAACCCGUAAUUUAAACCUCAACAAAAAAACCUGUUCAUCCAAUCUCAAUUAGGGAAGAAGUGUCAUCAAUUUAGAUAUUACCUUUGGUAACUGACUUUGAACGAUCUGUUCCCCCACAGGAGGGUAUUUCCUACCCUAAUUCCAAUCCUGGUGAUAUGUGUAAAUAUUAUAUGCUACCCACAUCCUCCUUGCCUCUGAGGUAAACCACUCCCCAAACCACUCCUACUGGGCUUGCACCACCAAUCAGCAUGGUUUGAUGUAAUGACUUCAGUCGCUAAAGUUCUAUCUAAACUAUUGCACCAAGAUGCAAGUUACUACAAAAAUGUAAACAAAGGGGAAAGUGGUUGGAAAAUGUCAUAGAAACUUUCAGGAUCAGCUGGCGUGUUGGACCACAUCUGCCCUCCCCCACACUAGAAUGUCAUCUAGGGUAAGACUUGUGUUACGCACUCUAAAUAUGUACCUUAACAUCAAGCUAAUUAUUAGUAUCUCUCUAUAGUAUAACCUUAACGACGUAUUCCUUGGCUGCAUAUCGUUCCUAUCUAUGCUUGGGUGCUUGACUUUCAAUGUAUUUUCACAAACUGUAUCUUAUCCCCAGCCACACCAAAUCCUUAUUUAGUCACGAGUUGUUAUAAUCAGUUAUUCUUAAUAAAAUUGACUUGUACUUAUAUAAGUCUCAGAAAUCUUAAUAACUAUUUGGAGGCAUUUAAAGGGAGCUUCUGAUUUAAACCCAACAAGCUACACAAGAUUGAUUGUCUUUGCAAGACUGCUGAUAAGAAUCUAAGUGAAACAGGGUGAAGAGCAAGCUGGAUAAGAUUAAUUGCCCUCAUAUGAUUUGCCAUACUCUGACAAGCUGGACGGUUUAUUUUUGCUCCUUGGGAGACUGUCAGAGAUAAAGGGUUAAGCAGAUUGGUAAACUCUCCUUUCUGAAGUCUCUUGUGUUUUUCAAAUUUACUUUCUGACACCCAUCAAUAUCGGAACUGGCAAUACUUCUUCCACCCUCAGUCAGCCUCAGGUGACAGUUUGAAGGCUUAAUUUCAGCUCUACUACCACUGACUCUAGCCCCACAAAACUCCAAAUUCAGAUCCUUAGCUUUUCAUUCCCUGAAGUUCACCUUGAUUUUGGAGGAAAGUGGUAUUGUGGGGUGUAUUUUCUUCAUGUGACUUCUACAGGUUCAUUUUUAUUUGGACAUCUUCUAGUGUGCACCAAGACCCUAAAAGCCUCUGAUAUUUUUAAUAUCUUAAAAAAUAUCUUAGGAUCAUCAGAUAGGCAAGAAAUUUACACAAGAUGGGCGUUUUGACUUUUUUUGACUGUAUUAGUUGGGAAUUAAGUUUUGUUCAGCUGCAUGGUUAAUAAUUGUGCAAUUUGUUAGCGUGACUUUUGAAUGAGGGGCUGGAUGUUUAAUUCAAUUAAGAAUAUCCAAGCCAGCAGUUUAGAGCCACUGCCAGUAGUUGGUAGAAGACUGGAAGGAGAUUGGGAGGAGUUGACCAAUGGCUGAACUCAGUAGGUGAUUUUUGGGGUACCAUCUACUAGGAACCUCGAAAGACCCUCUUAGGGCA